CCGCCGGGAGAGCGGAGCGUCCGAGCGAGAUCAGAGGCGCGCACCGGGCGGAACGCCGCCCGCUUUGAAGCUCCCCCAGGCGAGCGAGCCGGCCCCCGCCCUCCUACAUCAAAGCGAACGCUCCGCGCCUCCCAACCUUGUUGCAAACUCUCUGGGUCGGCUGCGGGGUACGUCUUGCUGAUUUCCCGCGGGGGUGGAGAAGAUGAGAAGCAGAGCGCUCUGAGCCGGGAACGAGGGACCAGCGCCUGGGAUCGAAUCCGGGACUCCCGAAGCCGAGGAAGCGCUGAGCCCGCCCGCGCCCCCGCAGCCCUCGCCCCUGCCGCCUCCCGCGGGGCGUUUGGACAUUUUUGCUGCGCAGCUCCCGGAGCCCGCGGCCGAUCCACACUUCGCUUGCGCGCGCCCCCGGCACCUCGGGUUCUCCCGAGCCCCGGCGGGGCCACCGACCUGCGUGGCUGCGGGUUCGGGUCUGGCUGUGGGAUGUUAGCUGUGGGGGCGAUGGAGGGCCCUCGGCAGAGCGCGUUCCUGCUCAGCAGCCCGCCCCUGGCCGCCCUGCACAGUAUGGCCGAGAUGAAGACCCCGCUCUACCCCGCCGCUUAUCCCCCGCUGCCCACCGGGCCCCCCUCCUCCUCGUCCUCGUCCUCCUCGUCCUCGUCGCCCUCCCCACCUUUGGGCUCACAUAACCCGGGCGGCUUGAAGCCCCCGGCCGCGGGGGGCCUCUCGUCCCUGGGCAGUCCCCCGCAGCAGCUUUCGGCGGCCACCCCACACGGCAUCAACGACAUCCUGAGCCGGCCCUCUAUGCCGGUGGCCUCGGGGGCCGCCCUGCCCUCCGCCUCGCCCUCCGGGUCUUCCUCCUCCUCCUCCUCGUCCGCCUCCGCCACCUCGGCCUCUGCGGCGGCCGCCGCCGCCGCUGCUGCUGCCGCCGCUGCCGCCUCGUCGCCCGCUGGGCUGCUGGCCGGCCUGCCCCGCUUCAGCAGCCUGAGCCCUCCGCCACCGCCGCCCGGGCUCUACUUUAGCCCCAGCGCCGCGGCUGUGGCCGCCGUGGGCCGGUACCCCAAGCCCCUGGCCGAGCUGCCCGGUCGGACGCCCAUCUUCUGGCCCGGAGUGAUGCAGAGUCCGCCGUGGAGGGACGCGCGCCUUGCCUGUACCCCCCAUCAAGGAUCCAUUUUGUUGGACAAAGAUGGGAAGAGAAAACACACCAGACCCACGUUCUCUGGACAGCAAAUCUUCGCCCUGGAGAAGACUUUCGAACAAACGAAGUACUUGGCAGGACCAGAGAGAGCACGCUUGGCCUAUUCUCUGGGGAUGACGGAGAGUCAGGUCAAGGUCUGGUUCCAGAACCGCAGGACCAAGUGGAGAAAGAAGCACGCAGCCGAGAUGGCCACGGCCAAGAAGAAGCAGGACUCGGAGACCGAGAGGCUCAAGGGGACUUCGGAGAAUGAGGAGGAUGACGACGAUUACAACAAACCUCUGGACCCGAACUCUGACGACGAGAAAAUCACUCAGCUGCUGAAAAAGCACAAAUCGAGCGGUGGCAGCCUCCUGCUGCACGCGUCGGAGGCCGAGGGCUCGUCCUGAGCGCGACCAGCACCGCGGGGAUCGCGACCGCGUCCCACAGCCGGUUCCCCCGGCCCCCAGUAUCCUGGCUGCUCGCCGGGCCUUUACUAUUUUCUAAGAUGUACAUAUCUAUUUUUUUAACCUAGAAAUUGUGGCGGGGAGGGUGCGGGUCGGUAGCACGGUGCGCUGAUGAGGAGAAAAGGAGCCCGCCAAGUGCACUGCUCAAAAAAACAAAAAACAAAAAAAAAAAAAAA